CUACAGUAAUCGGCAAGAGGAAGAACAAAGAAAACUAAUUCAGAUAGAUAUCGAGAAGAUGGCGUCUACGCCUGCAGUUUGCUCCGUCAAUGAAGUUCAGGGGCUGCGAAAGGCUCCGACCUUUCACCCAAGUCUGUGGGGUGAUUUCUUCGCCACUUUCCAGCCACCCACUGCACAUCAGCGUGCAUACAUGGCAGAAAGAGCCGAAGUGUUAAAAGAACAAGUUAGGAAGAUGCUGAAGGGCGCAAAUGAAGUACCAAAAAUACUGGAUCUUGUAAUCACACUGCAACGGCUUGGACUGGAUAAUCAUUACGAGAAUGAGAUGGACGAGCUGUUGAACUUUGUUUACAAUUCUGAUUACGAUGAUAAAGAUCUGAAUUUAGUUUCAGUGCGAUUUUAUCUUCUACGAAAGAAUGGCUAUGCUGUGUCAUCUGAUGUGUUUCUAAACUUUAAAGAUAAGGAAGGAAAUUUUGUUGCUGAUGAUAUAAAAAGUCUCUUGAGCUUAUAUAAUGCAGCAUACCUUAGGACACAUGGGGAGAAAGUACUUGAUGAAGCUAUUAUAUUCACUAGAGGCCAACUUAAAGCUGCAUUAGGUUCUUUGGAAUCGACAUUAGCAGAUGAAAUAUCUCUUGCCCUUCAAACACCUCUCUUUCGAAGGGUUAGAAUAUUGGAAACAAGAAAUUAUAUCCCAAUUUACGAAAGGCAGGCUGCACGAAAUGAGGCCAUAUUAGAGUUUGCAAAAUUUAAUUUCAACCUUCUUCAACUUCUUUAUUGUGAGGAGUUAAAAAAGAUCACACUGUGGUGGAAGCAGCUAAAUGUUGAAACAAAUUUAUGUUUUAUUCGAGACAGAAUCGUGGAAAUGCAUUUCUGGAUGACAGGAGCAUGCCCUGAGCCCAAAUAUUCUCUUUCACGUGUUAUACUCACGAAGAUGACAGCCUAUAUCACCAUACUAGAUGACAUAAUGGAUACCUACAGUACAACUGAGGAGGCAAUGCUGCUUGCUGAGGCAAUAUACAGGUGCGAGGCGAAUGCGAUAGAACUACUUCCAGGAUACAUGAAGGAUUUCUACUUGCACUUAUUGAAGACAUUUGAUUCGUGUGAGGAUGAACUAGGACCAAACAAAAGCUAUCGGGUGUUUUAUCUCAAAGAAUUGUUGAAGAUGUUGGUGCGAGGAUACUUUCAGGAGAUAAAAUGGCGUGAUGAACAUUAUGUUCCAGAAACAAUCAACGAACAUCUAGAACUUUCAGGAGUAACUGUUGGAGUUUUUCAACUAGUAUGUUCUUCACUUGUUGGGAUGGGUGACAUCAUAACGAAGGAAAUUCUUGACUGGCUAUUGACAUAUCCAGGACUUUUAAAGUGUCUCUCAACAUUUGCACGACUCUCCAAUGACAUUGCAUCAAUAAAGCGUGAGCAAAUAGGGGGGCACCACGCUUCUACUGUCCAAUGUUAUAUGUUGCAGCAUGGGACAACAAUGCACGAUGCAUGUGAGAAGAUAAAAGAGCUAAUUGAAGAUUCAUGGAAGGAUAUGAUUAAAUUCUACCUUACACCAACAGAACAGCCUAAGGUCGUGGCACAAACAGUUGUUGAUUUUGCAAGGACUGGGGACUACAUGUACAAGAAAACAGAUGCAUUUACAUUUUCCCAUACUAUCAAAGAUAUGAUAGCAUUACUCUAUGUGGAGCCAUUAUUCUAAACUCUGAAAACACCCUUUUACCAGCUAUCAUACUCCAAAUACAAUCUUUGACCGGCCACUUUCAGCUGUAUUAAAUAAAGUGGAGAUCGACCGCCAGACUCGUGUUCACCAAAUUGUAGCAGUUACGGUAGAGUAAGAGAAAUGUUGCAAUGGGUAGAGUAUGAAACGUGUCAUCUGCUCAUUGCCUCAUUAAAUGUAUUGUGUUACCCUCCCAAGUAAUAUUGUUCGUUUUUCCUAU